CAACGUAAAUGUCAAUGUCAAAUAUCUAUCGUAUUUGCUUUUUGUUUUUCUAAUGAUCAGAUCAGAUCUAUCAUCUAUUACCCCUUGUAAAUCUGGAAGGUGUGACUAUUUUUAUGGCUAGAUAAAAGGAUUGUAUGAGAUGAGUUGAAUUGAUAAUGAUUAUCUCAUUUACUUGAAUUUGGAUAAUGACGAAGUUCUCUGUGAAUGCAUAUCAUGAUACUGCAAAACAAUUGUUUUUGGAUAAAAUUUUCAAAGGAAAUAGAUAUGAUGUACUAGAAAAUAAGCAUCUUUUUUUGUGCCAUCUGUUCCAUUAAUUCUGCUUUUGGACAUGUCCGGUGGUGCAAAGAAAAAACCUACCAAGACCCAAGGAUGGGAAGAAGCAGGUUCAGAGUUUUAUCAAGAAAGUUACCCUGCUGUAGAUGGAGAACUAGAUGUAUAUCAAAAAGAUCCACAGCAUUUAGCUACUUUGUUGCCUAGUAAACAAACAAGAGCAGUGACCACAUUACAAGCAACAAUUCGUAUGAGAACAAAUAGAAGUACAGCUGAGAGAACAAUUAGAAGGCAUACCACUCUGAGAUCAAGAAGAGACUCUACGGUAAAUCGAAGAACAUCAACUACUCAAGAUGUUCAAGUUUCUAUGUUACCUGAUCUUUCGGAAAAUAUUUCAAAUGAACAAAGUAUAUGGGAGGAGAUAAUGCAAAUUAAAACCAUGCCUAUUCCAAUGGCCCAAAAGAAGGAACUGAAAGCAAAAAUUUUAAACCAACCCAAUUUACGGUUACAAGGCUAUGAACAAUUCAAAUGGAAACGGAGGAAAUUAUGGAAAAAAUUGCACACCAAAUUAUCUGAAUGGUAUGAUAAAAUUGAACUGUGGAAAGGUGAUCUCAAAACAAUUGAAGGACGUUUUGGUACUGGAGUUGUAUCAUAUUUUCUUUUUCUCAAGUGGCUUUUAUUUUUAAAUAUUUUUAUAUUUGGUAUUAUAUUCUUUUUCAUCACACUGCCAUAUAUUGCCUGGAAUCCAGAACAAAGAGAUGCAAAUUAUACAAAUGUGACAGCAAUAUGUUCGGAAGAACUUAAUCCAGUCAAUACAAUGUUGAAUUUGGUACAAGGCACAGGUUUCAUGGAAUGUACAUAUUUGUUUUAUGGCUAUUAUCCUUCUGAAAUAUUGACUUAUCCUAUAGGUAGUGCUAACAUAUAUUACAAUUUUCCAUUAGCAUAUGUAAUAGUGACAUUCUUGUAUUUGAUUGUGUCUUUAAUGUGUAUGGUAAAGGCAGGAGCAAGGAGGUUUAGAGAAAGACUGAUUGAAGGUGAAGGCCAAUUUUACCUUUUUUGUAACAUAAUUUUUGGAGGAUGGGACUUUUGUAUACAUGACGCUAAAUCAGCAGCAAUCAAGCACCAAGCUAUAUUUAAUGAAAUAAAAGGAAAUUUAGAAGUUGAAAGAAUGGAAGAUGAAAGACGGAACCGAACAAGUAGUGAGAGAACAAAAUUAUAUUCAAUAAGAUUGCUGGUGAAUUCUGUUGUUAUAGGAAUAUUAAUUUUUUGUGGUUGCUCAAUCUAUUUCAUAUUCAGCUUUUGUACAGACAAAAUCAAAGCAUUUACAGAUGAUUCCAUCAAUUAUGAAAAACUUGUAUAUGAAUUUUUACCGUCAUUUACUAUUGUCGGUUUGAAUAUGUUCAUUCCGUUCAUUUUCCAAUAUCUCAUAAUUUUCGAAAAUUAUACACCACUGUUCGUUGUGAGAUUAACACUGUUCAGAACAGUAUUACUCAGAAUGGCGGCUUUGAUAGUUUUUUAUGCUUCUAUGUAUUCUAAAAUCACUUGUGAGGGAGAACAUUGUAAGUUAUCAACUAAUUGUUGGGAGACUUACGUCGGUCAACAAAUAUACAAACUUUUCUUAACUGAUUUUGCGUCAACUAUUAUGGUUACAUUCUUUAUAAAUUUUCCAAGAUCUCUUCUUGCAUAUCAUUUCAACAACAAAUUCUGUACAUUUAUUGGCUCACAAACUUUUGAUUUACCAAAGCAUGUUCUAGAUGUAGUUUACUCUCAGACUCUCAUUUGGAUUGGAUGUUUCUACACUCCACUCCUUUCACUUAUGUCUGUUUUUCACUUAUUCUGUAUUUUUCAUAUCAAGAAGUUUGCUUGCUUGGUCAAUUCUAAACCUAGUGGAAUUAUAUACAGAGUAUCACGAUCCAAUUCUAUGUUCAUGAUUUUUUUAUUGGUAUCGUUUAUAUUUGCUUUACUGCCAUUAAUGUUUUCUGUAUCGGAAUUAGCACCCUCUACAAGCUGUGGACCAUUUCAAAAUGAUCCUUAUGUUUGGUAUACGGUGGAAAAACUUUUUCAAAAUGCUCCAAAAUGGUUUCAGGAUUUUAUUUCUUUCUUGAGUACUGCCGGUUUUGCUGUUCCUGUUAUAAUACUUUUAUCUCUUUCAUUGUAUUAUUUCACGGCAGUGAAUUCAGCUAACCGGCAUAUGGUGAAAGUAUUAAAAAAUCAGUUAGUUUUAGAAGGCCAUGAUAAACAAUUUUUAUUGGAAAGACUCAGUAUGUUCAUCAAGCAGCAACAAGAGAAUCAGAAACGAAUGAAAAGAAUUGAAAUGGCACAGGAAGCUGAAAGAAAUAAGAAUAGUUCCUGAAUCUAGGUUAUUUUCUGUCAUAUCAGUACAAGUGUUUAAAAAUCGGGUAUUUUAUUUUGUUAUUUAAUGAAUUGAAGUUCAUAUUUCUAUUUAUCAUUGAUUCCAAAAGUACAAAUCGCACUCAAUGAUUUAUAAUAGGUUAGUUUCUAAAUUUUUCUUUACCUUCUCAUUGAAGAAGAAUGGUUUCAACUGAUGUGUAAACAUUUAUCUGUAUAUAUCUUAGAUAUACUUAUCUGAAGGACUUCAAGUACUACAUUCAUGUUUGACCUGACACUUAAGUUUCAGAAGAAAAAACUGAUUUAAAAUUAAAGACCCAUUAAGUUGUAGCCUUUCUUAUCAACAAAUUUAUGUAUGUAUAUGUAUUCAUAAUUCUAUGAAUUUGAUUUGUUCUUUUUAUAUUCCUUCUAUAUGUGUCCUGUCAGCAUUGAAUAAAUAAUACCAGACAACAUAAUCUAUAUAUUUCAUAAAUAAUUGUAUGGAUAUUAAUUUUAUCUAGUCAUACUUGUGAUUUUGCAGAACUGAUAAUAUUUUUCUGUUCAAGCCAAAAAGCGAAAUUUUUAUUUUAUAGUAUAGUAAAAAUGUAUAUCCUAAGCCCUGUUGACAGUGACAUUGAUUCAUUUUAUCACUUUUCAUAUAUAAUAAUAAUAAUCGAUAUAUCCACUUUUUCUUCCAUAUUGAAUUUUUGAAAAUUUUUUGCUAAUUGAAAUGAGGUAUAUUUUUAUAUUUAUGACUUUUAUAUUAUAUUUUAAACUUGUAAUUUUAUGAAUGAAUAUUCAAAACUCUUUUUUUUUCUAUUGUACCCAAUUAAUGUUGAUGUCUACAGGAUAUGAAGAAAAUAUUCAAUAGCUGCAUGUUGAAAACUACAUUGUAGAAUGCAAACAAGUUGUAACAAUAUGUACUGAAAUUUUUAUUUACGAUAUGAUUAAAAAUUUGAAAAGCUGAAUUUUUUUUCAUUCCAGUAUUUGAUACGAACUAUACUACAUUGUAGAAUGCAAACAAGUUGUAACAAUAUGUACUGAAAUUUUCAUUUACGAUAUGAUUAAAAAUUUGAAAAACUGA